AUCGUGGGGCUGGUCCGCGCCUUGCGCGAGGGCGACGACGCAGCGAAGGCGACGGCGGCGCGGGCGCUGGGCGACCUCGCGCGCUACACCGACGCCAACCGGGUCCUGAUCGCCGAGGCCGGUGGCAUCCCACCGCUCGUCGAUCUCCUGCGCGACGGGAGCGCGGCGGCCAAAAUGACGGCCGCGGAGGCGCUGCGCAGCCUCGCGUGCAACGACGCCAACAUGGUCACGAUCGCCGCGGCCGGCGGCAUCCCGCCGCUCGUCGAUCUCCUACGCGACGGGAGCGCGGACGCCAAAGCGGCGGCCGCAGCGACGCUGAGCAACCUCGCGAGCGACAACGACGCCAUCCGGGUCCUGAUCGCCGCGGCCGGCGCCAUCCCGCCGCUCGUCGACGUCGUGCGCAACGGGAGCGCGGAGAAAUGGGCUGCGGCCGCGCUGCGCAACCUCGCGUGCAACGAGGCCAACCGGGUCCCGAUCGCCGAGAACGGCGGCAUCCCGCCGCUCGUCGAGCUCCUGCGCGACGGGAACGCCGGGAACAAAGAGCAGGCC